UUUUUGUAUUUUUGAUAAAUAGUAUGAUGGUGAUGACUUUUAUUAAGAGAAUAUUGUAUAUGAUUAGCCUGGGCAACGGUAAAUUUACUGGUCAAUCUAUGUUCACUUAGUCGUCCCUCUAGAAGUGUAAGUUCAACUGACACUAGAGAAUUGAGUCUCAGGCCUUUAUUAAAAACAACAAGGAAUGUGUCAGCUGAAUGAGCCAAGAUUAGCAAGAUUUUGCAAAGAGUAUUUCAAAGAUUACCACAAAUGAUGCUAUGAAUCAGAUGAAAAGAAGGAAUGGAGGCCAUUUGAUAGAUGUCAAACUCCUCUGGAUACAUUUGCAGGUGGUAAAGCCAAAUAUAUACAGUCUGACUCACACUUCGAAUGUGGCAACUCCCAGUUUUACGUAGAAGAUGAGCGUAUAUUGAACAUAGGAGGUGGCAUUGUUCCCUAUGGAUUCUCAUAAACUUAUAUGCUGAAUGCUAAUGACAUGGAUAUGACCAGGUUUGAAUUAAAAAGCAUUGAGAUCUCAGGAGUAGAUGGACACUUGAUUACCACUAAGGAUACAUUCAACUAUGUUUGUUAUGAAUAUCAGAGAGAGCUUAAUCAGGUUAAUAAGAAAUCUCACAUUCAAGAGAUUACUCCUUAUGGCUAUUUAGUAAUUCUGGUUAUCCCUCAUUCAGAACAGGAUGGAAGAUUUAUUUUAGGCGUGAAAGCUCCUAUUGACAAGGAUCCUGUGCCUUUUAAUUCAAAUUAUCUUUUCCUAACAAUCGGUAUUCCUGUUUCUCUCCUCAUUGCUGCUAGCUGAUGGUGGUGUAUUUGGAAGUUUAAUUUGUUAAAAGAAGAGGAGGAGAGUGAAGUAUGAAUCUAUUAUUGAAAAUGACAUUCAAAUAGAUCAGGCUCAGAGAAGUAAUCUAGACUCAGAAAGUAC